GCCGCCGGCGCCCGCGGACUCGGACGGAGCCUGAGCCCGAGCGGGAUGGAGCCCGCGCUGGGCGCUGCAGCGGCUCCCGGCGCAGCCCAGACCAGCAGGGCAGCGGCAUGGACUUAAGCGGCCCCUGACUGAGCCUGGAGACCCUGGUAGCAGAAGGAGGUUCCCGAGGGGGCACCCGUGGGCGCCUGCUUCCCAGUAGCCCCCCUGAUCCCGAGCCGCGGAGCCGCGUCCCCAUGAAGGAGUCCAGUCAUGCAAUGCUCCUGGAAGGCUGUCCUCCUCCUCGCCUUGGCCUCCAUCGCUAUCCAGUACACGGCCAUCCGCACCUUCACCGCCCGCUCCUUCCACAGCUGCCCGGCCGCCAGCCCCGCGAACUGUAGCCCGGGCCCCGGGGAGGCCGAGCUGGCCGAGCGGCUGUGCGAGGAGGGCCCCACGCUGGGCUACAACCUGUCCCGGAAGACGCACAUCCUCAUCCUGGCCACCACGCGCAGCGGCUCGUCCUUCGUGGGCCAGCUCUUCAACCAGCACCUGGACUUCUUCUACCUGUUCGAGCCCCUCUACCACGUGCAGUACACGCUGCUGCCGCGCUUCCCGCAGGGCAAGAGCCCGGCCGACCGGCGCGUGAUGCUGGGCGCCAGCCGCGACCUGCUGCGCAGCCUCUACGACUGCGACCUCUACUUCCUGGAGAACUACAUCAAGCCGCCGCCCGUGAACCACACCACGGACAGGAUCUUCCGGCGCGGGGCCAGCAAGGCCCUCUGCUCGCCGCCCGUGUGCGAGGCCCAGGGCGCCGCCGACCUGGCGCUCGAGGAGGGGGACUGCGUGCGCAAGUGCGGCCUCCUCAACCUGACGCUGGCGGCCGAGGCCUGCCGCGAGCGCAGCCACGUGGCCAUCAAGACCGUGCGCGUGCCCGAGGUCAACGACCUGCGGGCGCUGGUGGAGGAUCCGCGGCUCAACCUCAAGGUCAUCCAGCUGGUCCGGGACCCGCGCGGCAUCCUGGCGUCCCGCAGCGAGACCUUCCGGGACACGUACCGGCUGUGGCGGAUCUGGGACGGCACCGGGCGCAAGCCCUACAACCUGGACGUGAGCCAGCUGACCACGGUGUGCGAGGACUUCUGGAACUCCGUGUCCACGGGCCUCACGCGGCCGGCCUGGCUCAAGGGCAAGUACAUGCUGGUGCGGUACGAGGACCUGGCCCGGAACCCCAUGAAGAAGACGGAGGAGAUCUACGGCUUCCUGGGCAUCCCCCUGGACAGCCACGUGGAGCGCUGGAUCCACAACAACACGCGCGGGGACCGCUCGUCCUCCAAGCACAAGUACGGCACGCUCCGGAACUCGGCGGCCACGGCCGAGAAGUGGCGCUUCCGGCUCUCGUACGACAUCGUGGCUUUCACGCAGAACGCCUGCCAGCAGGUGCUGGCCCAGCUGGGCUACAAGGUGGCCGCCUCGGAGCAGGAGCUCAAGAACCUGUCCGUCAGCCUGGUGGAGGAGCGCGCUUUCCAGCCCUUCUUGUGACGGGCCGGGACCAGGGCGGGGGGCGGGGCGGGGGCUCGGACCCGGAGGACCCUUCUUAACUGUUGCCUUAUCCCCUCUCCCUCCCCGGACCCCGUCUUCGUGCCCUCCCUCCCCCCGCCCCUGCUCUUUUCUCUUUGAAAUUGCACUACGUCCUGGACGGACGUCACUAGGGAAUGGAGGGGGAUGAGGGGGGGGAGGCGCCCCCAGCCCACGGAAGCCAGGGCUCUCUGUGGAUGGUGACCAAUGUUUACAAAUCCCCGCCCCGCCCACAGUCACACACGCUCACUCACCCACCUGCCGGAGACGGGCGGGACACAACUGUCGAGUUUCCCCGACGGAAGGGACCCGGGGUUAUUGUACUUUUUGCACUUUUCCAAGGUAAGAGAUUAAAAAGAAAAAGACCUUCUCGAAUUCAUGAAUGGUGUCAAUCCCCGCCCGAAGCCACCAUUCUCCCGCGUCCCCUCUCCCCGCCUCCACGAGGGCCCCCCCCCCCCAACAUCGGCCCCGCCCCCAGCCCCUGGCCAUUGCCCAACAGGUUCUUUCUUCUCUGUUUUGUUUUUCCCUGUGAGGUGAAUGUGGAGCUCCUUGUGCCCCUCGCCCCCCAGUCUGUUGCAAUAAUGUCGUUUGUUUGAGUCUUGUUGCCGGGCCUGGUCGCUGAUUGGUGUAUGAGUCUCUGUUGGCUUUUAGGGGUUCACCUGUGACAAUUUUUUGUGCCAAAAAAAAAAAAAAGGAAAAAAAAAAGAAAAAUAGUCGGGUUGGUUUGCUAAUCAAAGAACGAACUGCUUUCUCUGUGUUUUCUGUAAAUAAAAGAGGUCAUUGAUGCUCA